AUGUGCGACUUUGACGGCGCGUCCAAGGCCGCCUUCGACGGCGAACCUUUCACACUCGACUCAGAGACGGGAUACCGGACGAGUGCGGGGCGCUCGAGCGGCGCAAGCGGGUGCUGGUUUGUUGGCACCGGGGUCACAAUCGAGGGUCGGGGGAUCUGGAAGCCGAACACGCCUGAGCCGCAUGAUCCCCCGGAUCCCGUACACGCGUUUCUCUACCAGACGAACCAGGAGUUCCGGACUGUCCUUGAUACAGAGAACUUCUUUAACGUUUCGGCGGAUAACACUACCCUGCUGGACACCCGUGGCAAGGAACUCAGGUCGUAUGAGCUGCGCUUCACGAUUACGCCCGACUCGCAGCUCGAGUUCCACAACAUGACAGUUGAUGUACCGGUGCGCACCCAAGCACCGAACCGAGAAGCCCUAGAGAAGCAAGCCGUCUACGUUCCAGUAAUCCAAGAUGGAAAUGUGAACCCCACCAUGUCGCUCGGCUUCACGACAAAGUCUGACCAGUUUCGGGAUAUGUGGGCGAAGCGGACCAAUUCGACAACGGCGCCGUCGCCUUAUGAUUCGACCGUGCCCCGUUUCGUGCAGCCAAGCGGGGCGCAACAGCCGGCGUCGCAGGCGGCUCAAUCGCCUCAGACGCCGGACCAGUCGCAGGAGUCCACCGCUGGAGAGAACCAGGAGCCUCAGGCCUCCGAGCAGGCGCAGCCCAAUGACUCGCCCAAUCAGCCGAAUCGAUCAGAACAGCCUGCCUCAAGCAGAGCCCAAGCCGCGACGAGUGCGGCGCAGCCUCAGUCGUCCCAGCAGGAAUCUUCACAGGGAAGCCCCGGCGCGGAACAGCAGCCGACCCAAAGCCGUCAGCAGCAAUCACCGAAGAGCGCAGGGCAACAGACCCCGAAGUCAUCAGCCGGUCAAUCACUAAGCCAGCCAGCGGCCCCGGCGGCAUCAUCCAGCCAUGCGCUCCCGCAAGCCGACAACGACGGCAUGGUAAUCGACUGGACGCAGGUCGGCCGCCGUGACGAUCACAGUCGCCACACCAAGCGGCUCGACAUCCCGCACGAGAUCGUGGACAACGUCCUCAUGCUCAAGAACGGGACCGAGCUGUCGUACAAGGUGCCCAUCUCCACGACACUGAUCCGCGUCUACGGUCCCGUGGGCAUGAAUCGGACAGCGUACGGGAGCCAAUGUUAUGCCGACCUGGACCCCGUGCCGAGCUGGUGGGUCAAUGGGAGCUUUCCGCUCAGCGCGUCGCAAAAGGCCAUGAGGGAGGAUAACCGCACCCUGUUCCUUCUCCCUGUCGAUCCGGACGUGAGGACGACGGUGCGCGUGGGACCGCUCGGACUGGACGCAACCUGCUACGUCUCCGGCUUUUCAAGUUAUCCCUUCCAUUACAACUACACGCUCCCCGACCUGGUUGCGAUAAACGGCACGGCGGCCAAUAAGACCGUACCCCCGACCAUCAUGCAGUCCUCCGACCUGCCCGUAGCCACUGGUGCCAACAGUGCCAGUGCCAGCUCCAGAAGCAACAAAACGGGCAUGAUCGUCGGCGUCGUCGUCGGUGUCGUGGGCGGUCUCAUUCUCCUCGCGCUCUUGGCGUGGUUCUGCCUCCGCCGCCGCAAAUCCGACGAACCAGACGACAUAGACCCAUACCUCAUCUCCGAGAAGGAUCUGUACCGCAACGCGUCCUGGGCGCCUGAGGGGAACGAUCAUCCCCCUCCUGCACCUGUUUCGAGUGGGGGCGAGAAUCGGCCACGCGGCCCCCGCGUCGUGCAAGAGGAGGACGCAGACGAUGUGGUGGAGUAUCUCCCGCCCCGCUAUCGGGAGCGCACACUGCCAACUACGCCCGAGCCGGCAUCUACCCCGCCGCUGUCGACCCCAGACCUGGGCAGCAGCCACGAGAACUCGACCUUCCUUCCGGUUCCCGAGGGGGUUGGAGGGCCGACACUGAAGGAGGAGUACAUGAAGAACAUGGGCAUUGCGCCCGGUGCCCUCGAGAGUCCCUCGGACAAGCGGGCACCGACGCACAGCUCUUCAGAGUCAGAGCAGGGAACGCCGCUCCGGAAGAGGGCGUAUGGGAGAUUGUUCGGAUCGGGGCCGCCAUCGGAGGCGGGGCCGUCGCAGACCAAGGACUGGAAAGAUGACGUGAAGGAUAGGGAAGGGCUGCCCUCGUGA